CAGCUCGAGGCACUCAUCUGGUGCACCGUUGCACCACUGCACUCGGCGCUCCGAGUCCGCUCCUUUGAACCACGGCCGCCUUAUUCUUUUCAUCCCAAACACACUCCUUACCUCCAGUGACUGAGGCGCCCGAAUUGGCCCUGUUGUGCGAACUGCGCUCAUUUCGUCGCACCGAGCGACGCCCUUUCUUUGCUGUUGACCUGGCAUCUAUUGACGACGAUUUCUCCGUUUUCCACGUUUUUUCUUCUGACUCUCGACGAUCAUCACAGUCCUGGCGACUCACAACUAACGAUAUGCAACACUGACCGUUGAGAGCGGCAAUUCACCACCUCACAUUUUCGACAAGGCCACUUUUGUUUUGACCUAGUCAACACAAUCUCUCUGUACAUCACAGCAACGUCUCGUCCACUCAAACACACCAUGUGGCCAUCCUCAAUUCGCGUCCCUGCCGCCGCGCUGUUGGCGUGGUCUGCCUUCGUCGGCACUGCCGUCGCCCAGGUUCAUACCGAUUGCUUCCCCAUGAACACGACUUGCCCGCCCGAUCCCGGCUUUGGCAUGGCCUACAGCUUCAACUUCAACAUGACGCCAAAUGUCAAUGCUUGGAAGACAAAGGUCGGGCCCGUUACAUACCACCCCGACACAGGAGCAUCCUUCAAAAUUACCAAGAUGGGCGACUCUCCCACCAUCGAGACUAAAUUUUAUUAUUUUUGGGGCCGCACCGAGGUCAUCAUGAAGGCUGCCAAGGGCACCGGCGUCAUCAGCUCCAUCAUGCUGCUGAGCGACAACCUGGACGAGAUCGACUGGGAGUUCUUCGGCGGUAACAAGACCAUCGCCCAGAGCAACUACUUCGGCAAGGGCCACAUCCCCGACAUCCCCAAUGCCGAGUACCACGAGGUUCCGGGUAACGUGCAGGACGACUAUCACAACUACACGACGAUUUGGACCAAGGACUUCCUCGACUUUUACAUUGACGGAGCCAAGGUCCGUCGCCUCCUGCCCGCCGACGCCAACAACACCUACUACUACCCGCAGACCCCGAUGCGCCUAUCCAUCGGUAUCUGGGCCGGCGGUGACCCGAGACUGCCCAAGGGCACGCGGGAGUGGGCCGGAGGCGACACCGACUACAACCAGGGGCCCUUCGAAAUGCUAGUCAAGAGCGCCCACGUCGAGGACUUUAGCAACGGCAAGGAGUACGAAUAUACCGACAGGAGUGGCUCGUGGCAGAGCAUCAAGGUCACCGAGGGCAACUCAACCGUCGAGGAGAUCAUCAACGCACCGCCGGAAAAAUCCCUCUCGGAGAAAUGGAACGACCUCCCCAACGGCGCCAAGAUUGCCAUCUACUCCGGCGCAGCCGGAUUCGUCGGCCUGCUGCUCGUCACGGGCCUCUUCUACUGCAUCCGCCAGCGGCGCCACGGCGCGCGCGAGGCCAAGGCCGCCGAGGCCCGCGCGGAGGCCGAGCGCCUCGAGCUCGAACGCUUCAAGAAGGCCGGCGUCGACCCGGACAGUUUUGCCAGCCAGGCGUCCGAGUACAACGCCAAGGAGAUGCGCCGCGACGGCCUGACCGGCCAGGACAGCUACAGCGUGCCGCCCUCGCCCACCCUCGGCCCCGUCAACCCGGCCUCCCCCCUCGACAACCACACCACCACCAAUCACACCUCCAUGGCCGCCGCUGCCGCAGGCGCUAGCGGUGGUGUUGGUGUCAGUGCUAUGCGCAGCCCGCGCAGCCCCGUUCCGCUCCUCAACAACCACGGCGGCAUGCAUUCCCCCCGCGUCGGCAGCCCGGGCCCGGGCGCGAACCCUUUCGCGGACUUGUCGCGCAGCGUCUCGCCCCAGCCACACGGACAACAGCAACAGCAGGGGAUGCGAAGUCCGGUGCCGCAGCCGCAGCAGUAUUCGCCGAACCCGUCGAUCGCCCGCAGCUUCUCCAGCCCGAACCCGCAGAUGCGUGUCGGCUCGCCCGCGCCGUCGCUUCAUCAUGCUGCUAGUGGUGGUGGUGGUGGUGGGAUGCAGCGGUCGGCUAGCCCCGCGCAGCAGCAGAUGACGCAUCCCCAGCCGCAGAGGAGUUAUACGGCGGGCGGGUAUAAUCAGGGUGGUGGGAGUGGUGGCGGUGGUGGGUAUGGCGGGCGAAAUCAUCAGCAGGGGGGGUAUGGCGGCAUGAAUGGAUAUGGACAGGGUGGUGGUGGGGGAGGGAAUCAAGGAUAUUGGGGGGUGAAUGAUGGCGGAGGCGGGUACAGGUAG